AUGAAGAGCUCGGUAUUCUGUGCCCUGGUGGGCAUGACCACGGUAGGGCUUUGUCAACCACUGGCUGCCGAAAACGAGAUUGCAUUUUCAUCAGAAAAGCUAUCUUUAAAUCCUCUUCACUAUGCAGGCGGCAAUUCCCCGUAUUUUCCAGGCCCAAAUGUGAAUGGCAUCAACAGCGAGGUCCCAGACCAAUGCACUAUUCGACAGGCUGCUUAUGCUGUUAGGCAUGGGAGUAGAUUUCCAGAUACUGGCUCAUAUGAGGCCUGGGUUGCACUUCACGAAAAGAUUCAAGCUGCAGCGCAACAAGAUGGGUUCGAGGCUCGAGGAUCGCUUAAUUUUAUCCCUGAAUGGAAACCGGUGUUGACGAAUCCUGCCUUGCAGUUGGCACAGGAGUCUAUGACUGGAUGGAAAGAGGCAAGUGAUCUUGGCUACCAACUGCGGACUAGAUAUCCCGGAUUUUAUCAGGAUGGCAACCCAUUCUACGUGUGGGCCAAUCAAUAUAAAUUCCCAAUCAAUGAAUCACGGGUGGUCCAGACCGCAAGAGCAUUUCUCAAUGGCUACCUCUAUGAGUAUGCCGACAACUACGGAACCGUGGUGAGCGUGAACUCUACAGGAUCUCCAGCUGCCAUUGGUAAUUCACUUGGGCCUUCAGAUUCUUGUCCUGCAUUUGGUUCUAUCUCUAGUGGAGGAAACAACGUGACGAAUUGGGAUGCUACGUGGUUACCAAAGGCUUUACAUCGCAUCAACUCCAAAAUCAGAGGAAAUCUUACGUUUGACGAAAAUGAUGUACUCUUUUUCCCCUACAUCUGCGCAUACGAGAGUCAGAUUGAAGGCCGCCUCAGCCCCUGGUGUGGUGUUUUUACAGAAAGCGAGCUCCGUGACUACGCAUACUCGCAGGACCUGGGGUAUUUCUAUGGCGUUGGGCCCGGUUCAAUUGGUCCAGCCAAGGUGCUUUUCCUUCCAUUCCUGAAAAGCUUGCUUUCCCUUCUAGAGGCUGGUGCUGGGAAGGUCGGUGUUGGACACAACAACACUGAGUUCGCAAUUCCCAGCCUUAUCAUGACUUUCAUGAAUGAUAAUCAACUUGCCGAGAUGACCGCUGCCAUGGGAAUUUUCGAUUCCGAGCGACCUCUUCCCAAUGACCGCCUCCCAGCGCACCAUUUAUAUAACGUGGCGCAUUUCAUCACCAUGCGAGGGACCAUUGCUUUCGAGGUUAUGGAUUGCAAAGUCCACCAUGACACAAAUUCACCCUACAUCCGUAUUUUGUUCAAUGACGCUGUUUAUCCUAUAGCCAGUUGUCAGAACGGCCCUGGAAAGAGUUGCUCUUUAUCUCAUUAUCGUUCUUUGAUUGACAAGAAGAUUGAGCAGGCGGGCGACUUUUUGGAUUACUGCAACGUCACGGAGGCGGGCCGCCCCGAGGCUGCCGCUGGAGCUAGUUUCUUACAGGAUCUCUCUCUGGACUUCUUGACCUUUGUCAAGCCCUGA